UACCGCUCGAAUACAAUCCGAUUACUUUCAGUAACAAGGAUGGCGAUGUCAAUUUUUAAUAAAAAUGACUCUGUAUUACUAAUAGGAGAAGGCAACUUCUCAUUCUCUGCAGCAUUGUUGCGACAAAAUUUGAACAUAGAACUUAUUGCUACAUGCUACGAAUCUGGUACCAAUCAAGAAGCUGCAGAAAGAAAUGUAGAUUAUCUUCAAAGCAAUGGCAUCUGUGUAUUAUUUGAUGUGGAUGCUACAAAGUUAGAGGAAUGUCUCUCAUUAAAAUCGCGACGGUUCGACAAAAUCAUAUUUAACUUUCCCCAUGCUGGUGGUAAAAUGAGAAUAGAAAGAAAUAGGGACUUACUGAAAGACUUUUUUGUGUCGUCUGAAAGAAUGAUAAAAGAAAAUGGUCAAAUAUUAGUAACACUAUGCAAUGGUCAAGGUGGAACGCCUAUGGAUGAACCUAGGAGACGUUGGGACGAUUCCUGGAAAAUUGUAGAAAUGGCUGCACAUGGAAAUUUUAUAUUAACAAGAAUAGAACCGUUUUUAUGGCAAUCUUUUCAGAAUUAUAUUGUAACGGGCUAUCGUAGUUUAGAUAAGCAAUUUCACACGGCGGGCUCAUUAACACAUUUUUUCACGAAGGCCGAACUACCUAUGAUGCACAAUAUCGCACCUAGUAAUAAGAUACACACUUUUAAAUAUACUGUGGAUAAUAUUACAUGGAAAGACAUGACAAAAAAUAUCCAAGAUAAAUUAGAUAUUAAAUCGUUAUCUGCUACCGCAUGCAUUCAUAAACAGGAAUCCAUAGCUAAACCUUUACGCAGUACAAAACCCAAAUCGAAGAAUGACACCCUGCAACAUUUUGUCGAUAUAAGAUCGGUGAAAACAAUCGGGGGAAACGGUGGCGAUGGGCACAUAUCGUUCUUACGAUUGUGGGUCAAUGAUAGAGCUGGUCCGGAUGGUGGUGACGGCGGGCACGGUGGUCAUGUAAUAUUUGAAACGACACCAAAUGUAAAGGAUCUUAAGCAUAUAUAUUCAGUGAUCAGAGCUGAGGAUGGAGAAAAAGGUUACGGCAAGGAUUGUUUCGGUAAAAAUGCAGAACACAAUGUGGUAAAAGUACCCAUUGGCACGAUCGUGCGUGAUGUAGAGGGUAAAAUAUUAGCCGACUUGAACAAAGAAGGAAUGAUGUUUAUUGCCGCGAGAGGUGGUGCCGGCGGUCAUGGAAAUGCCUUUUUCAAGUCGGACACUCAACAGACGCCUGAAAUAUGCGAAUACGGCGCAAUCGGAGAAAACUUGCAAUACGUUUUGGAAAUAAGGAGUAUGGCCCAUAUUGGAUUGAUCGGUUUGCCAAAUGCUGGUAAAAGUACACUUUUAAGAGCGAUAUCCAGAGCUAGGCCAAAAAUAGCGGCCUAUCCCUUUACUACUUUAAAACCUCAUAUAGGCAUAAUUCAAUACGAUGAUUAUGAACAAAUUGCAGUUGCUGACAUGCCCGGUCUCAUAGAAGAUUCACAUAAAAAUAGAGGGCUUGGCAUAACUUUCCUCAAGCACGUGGAACGUUGCGCCGCUUUAGUAUUUAUUUUAGAUGUAGCACAGAACGAACCGUGGGAAGUUCUGCAAACUUUAAAGUACGAAAUUAGUCAGUUUAAUGAAAGACUGAAUGACAGGCCUCACAUUAUUGUAGCAAAUAAAAUUGAUUUGCCAAAUGCUGAGGUUAAUUUACAGUUACUCAGAGAACAUAUAGAUUUACCAAUAAUUCCUAUCUCUGCCAAAGUAGGAACUAACAUUUCCACUUUAUUGAAAGAGAUUAGAAUAUUGUACGAUAAUCUUAAAGUUACUACAUCAGAAGAAGAUACUGAACUUUUGAUAUAACUUUUACAUAAUAAAUCCGGUAAAAACGUAUAUAAAAAGAGAACUCUUAUCGCAAUGGCAUUAACAU